GCAUGAAACUAAUAACCAUGGCCAGACCUACACAGAUGAUCAAGUCCUGAAACCACAUCAAAUGACUAAUCAAGAAGGAUGUGAAGAUCAUACAUACAACUACCAUAGGUCUAAGCUUACAUUUGGGCUUAUCUUGUUUGACUAUCAUGAUGCAAUUAAAGAAGGUGAUGGGGAGAGACUUUUUGAGAUCUAUAAGGUGUGUUUGUUAUUAUUCAAGGCUAACAAGAAAAGCAAAUAUGCAUAUGCUGUCUUCUUAUACCUUGUGAAGAUUGUUGCUAUCCUAUCUAAGAAAGAAGCACACAGCUUAAAAUGGAACAGAUUUUUUAAUAAGCAUGGUACGAAAGCAGGAAAUAUUCCUCUUGAUCUUAGAAUGGAACAGCUAAACAAGAUAGUGAAAACUAUGUGGAGAUCACUAGAGGCAAAUCUCAAUGAAACAUCAGCUGCCCGACUUGCAAAUACAGUUGAUGAAAUGGAACGAAUUUUGAACAGUGUAGACAAUGACUGUGGAAUUCAAUCAGCUGUUGGUUACAGAACACAAGGCAACCAAUUUGCUGCUGUACAACAAAUAACAAAAGAUUUGCUUACAAUUGGGGCAUUCACAUAUCAAGAAGGCAGACAAGGACAUCCAUCGUUUCCUAAAUUUCCACAUAGUCUACUGGGAAGUUUGAAUUUCAAAGAUUUACCCUUAUGGAUGCUGGAACUUAUUAAAACCUGGGAACGUCUGUAUGAUCUAAAUAAGACCUAA